GUUCUUCCCUUAGAGGGGGGUGAGGGCAAUGCGUCAUUGCCGUUCCACGUGGUGAAAUGCUUUGCGGCCGCUCUUCUCUGUCCUUUUCAUCGCCAUUUUUUCUUCAGCAAGAUGCCGAAGAUAGUGUGUAGUAAAACCUACACAACUCCAAGGCGUCCCUUUGAGAAGGAGCGCCUGAAUCAAGAGUUAAAGAUUAUAGGAGAGUAUGGACUUCGCAACAAACGUGAAGUUUGGCGUGUAAAGUACACCCUGGCGAAGAUUCGUAAGGCUGCCCGUGAGUUACUAACUCUGGAGGAGAAAGACCCUCGAAGGUUGUUCGAAGGCAACGCUCUUUUGCGUCGUCUCGUUCGUAUUGGCGUGCUUGAUGAGAGCCGAAUGAAGCUCGAUUACGUUUUGGGUUUGAGGAUUGAAGAUUUCUUGGAGAGACGCCUUCAGACACAAGUAUUUAAGCUUGGUUUGGCUAAGAGCAUUCACCAUGCUCGAGUGUUGAUCCGGCAAAGGCACAUACGGUGA